AGCACGCACUGUAAACACAUGUUCCUUCCCACGCCGUGACAUUGUUGUUGACCGUCAGCUGGGACUUUUCAUCACCGACAUCAUGUUGGAACCGAUGGAGCAGAUAAAUAAGCGAGACUUUGGUUCCUUCCAUGCUUCCAAUGUCCAGGAGCUGAUCAACGUUCCUGAGGAACAGUAUCAACCACCACAUCUGCAAGUCAGUUAUCCAGAACUGUUCUUCCAGUGGGAUGAGUUAAAGUUUGGCAAGGACACCAGAGAGAAGCACUUCCUCCUUGAGGAAACCUGCACAUUCCUGAAUCAUGGUGCUUUUGGAUGUGUGUUGAAAGAGGCCUUAGGUGCCACCCAGGACUGGCAAAACUAUGCAGAGUCCCAGCCACUGAGCUUCUACGACAGAGAGCUGCUACCUCACCUUGUGUACGUCACAAGAAGGCUAGCCAAGUUUGUUGAUUGUGACCCAAGAGACAUGGUGUUGAUGACGAACGCUACGACCGGCAUCAACAGUGUGAUCAGAAGCUUCGACUUCAAACCUGGCGACGUCAUCUUUAUGUUCUCCAACACCUACGGAGCUGUGAAAAAGCUGAUGCGGCAAGUAUGUGUGGACACAGGAGCUGUGGUGUCAGAGGUCGAGGUCACUUUCCCUCUAACUGGACCCCAGCAGCUGAUUGACUUGGUAAAGGAUAACUUAGAUGGGAGCAAGACAAAGUUGGCUAUAUUUGACCACAUCCCAAGUAACACACCGUACAUCACCCCGCUGGCAGACAUCAUACAGAUCUGUCACCAGAGAAAUGUUCCGGUGCUGGUAGAUGGCGCUCAUGCUCUGGGCUCCAUCCCUCUCAGUCUCCGGUCCCUCCAGGCUGACUUCUAUGUCUCCAACGCCCACAAGUGGUUCUGUAGUCCCAAGGGGGCAGCCUUCCUCUAUGUUGCCAGAAACUACCAGGAAUCUACCAGGCCCCUUGUCAUCUCACACGGAUUUGGGUCUGGGUUCAACUCUGAGUUCAUAUGGGCAGGGUUGCAUGAUUACAGCCCGUUCCUGUCUCUACACACCCUGCUGGACUUCUGGGAGACUGUGGGUGAGGACAGAAUACAAAACUACAUGUAUGAGCUGAUCACACAUGCAGCUAACCUGCUGACGGAAACCUGGGGGACAGGGCUUGCAGCUCCUCUCUCUAUGUUUGGUUCUAUGGCCCUCAUACAGUUACCUGAUCUGCAGAUCUUCAAGAAUUGUGACAGUCUUACAUACAGUCAUGCAGAGCGUGUGCAGAACAUACUCUUCCAUAAACAUCACAUAGAGGUGCCAAUCAAGGCAAUCCAAGGCCGUCUGUACGUGAGGAUAUCUGCACACGUCUACAACUAUCAGCAGGAGUAUGAGAAACUCGCGGCUGCUGUCAUGCAAGUCUCAGAAAUAUCUGAAAGCUGAUUGGUCCAUGCUUUUCAGCCUCUAGCCCCAGUUGAUGUUCUUUGUCUUGAUUGGCUGCUGUCAUGCAAGUCUCAGAAAUAUCUGAAAGCUGAUUGGUCCAUGCUGUUCAGCCUCUAGCCCCAGUUGAUGUUCUUUGUCUUGAUUGACAAUGGUAGUUAGUGACUUCUGUUGAUGCCCUGUUACUUGUUGUUUCAUAGAUCUCCGUUUGAUUGGCUCACAUACCAUGUUGCAUAAUAUAGUUUGGUUGAUUUGGUGAUAUACAUAUGCAUACAAAAUGAAACUAGAUCCUUUUAUACGAGAGCACAUUCUUUGCCAGUGAGCAUUUUCAAGUCUUUCAUGUAUAUAAAAACGCUCACCUUUGAAAGUGUUAUAAUACUCCAAAUAUUUAUUCUCAUCUAAGUACUGCCCUAAAGUUAAAUUAUAAAAUAAACAAUUUAACAUGUUUAUAGAUAAAACAUGGCCUGCAGAAAUUGUAGACGAUAUUCAAAUAAUAUUCUGUCUUUUCCAAAGGGAAUAAUAUUCUAUCUUUUCCAAAGAGAAUAAUAUUCUGUCUUUUCUAAAAAGAAUAAUAUUCUAUCUUUUCCAUAGAGAAUAUUAUUCUGUCUUUUCUAAAAAGAAUAAUAUUCUAUCUUUUCCAUAGAGAAUAUUAUUCUCUCUUUUCCAAAGAGAAUAAUAUUCUAUCUUUUCCAAAGAGAAUAAUAUUCUGUCUUUUCCAAAGAGAAUAAUAUUCUGUCUUUUCCAAAGAGGAUAAUAUACAAUCUUUUCCAAAGAGAAUGAUAUACAAUCUUUUCCAACUAUCUGGAGGAGUAUGAGAAACUGUUGGCUGCUGUCAUGCAAGUCUCAGAAAUAUCUGAAAGCUGAUUGGUCCAUGCUGUUCAGCCUCCAGCCCCAGUUGAUGUUCUUUGUCUUGAUUGGCUGCUGUCAUGCAAGUCUCAGAAAUAUCUGAAAGCUGAUUGGUCCAUGCUGUUCAGCAUCCAGCCCCAGUUGAUGUUCUUUGUCUUGAUUGGCUGCUGUCAUGCAAGUCUCAGAAAUAUCUGAAAGCUGAUUGGUCCAUGCUGUUUAGCCUCCAGCCCCAGUUGAUGUUCUUUGUCUUGAUUGACAAUGGUAGUUAGUGACUUCUGUUGAUGUUCUGUUACUUGUUGUUUCAUAGAUCUCCGUUUGAUUGGCUCACGUCCUAUUUUGCAUAAUUUUGAUUGGUUGAUUUGGCAACAGUUCUUAUUCUUUUUCUUAUGAUGAAUGAUUGGCUGGUACUAUUUUAAUUUCAGAUGAACAUAUGUAUACUAAAUGAAAAUAAAUCAUUUUAUCAAACACA